AUGCAUUUCAAUGGUUAUUCUUUACAUAAAACAAAACUGACAUUGUAUACUGCAUUUGAGCAACAAAGAGAGAAUGUCUAUCAAGUACGACCCUCACACGACUUAUGUUCAAUGGCCAUGGACUUAUCUAAAAAGCCUACACAGCGACUAAAAGUGCCUAUGGUCCAUUUGUCUCGGAUGAUAGAAAGCUUGCCACACUUGGAGACACUGUCAAUUCAAUACCAGGACUUGACUGCUCAACAGUAUGGUCAACAUCCUUUUGACUUUAUGAAAUUUCGUCAUCUUCAUUACCUGGAUAUUUCAUCAUGCAUGAUACGGCAGGCUUCUAUCCAGGCUUUACUUCGUGCGAUAGGACCGAGUCUGAAGACACUCAAGAUGCUGAACAUUGAACUCAACAGUUUAUCUUGGCUAUGUCUAAGCCAGUUUGGCAAACAAUUGACAUGUCUUCAUGUUUCCUGUAAUGAACCAAUUCUUUUGCCUAGCAUACGUCACGUCGUUUUACAUUUGAAGAAGCUGCAGGACUUUCGGUUGACUCGAUUACGUACAGGUGAUAUUAAUACGAUUGUGCAUCAAUUGAGUCCCAACACAUUAACAAGGCUUGAUUUAUCGCCUAAAAUGAACAUUUAUCCAAGAACAAUAACACAUCAUCGUAUCAGUACAGUCCAUAGAAGACCGAAAGUACAAGUCAGUACAGUUCAAGAAAGGACAAGAAGAUCUAUUUCUUCAAACAAAAGACAUCCACCUCAAGUACAACAAACCAUAGAACAAAUGCAAGAAGAAGCCUAUAAAAGUCAAGCACAACAACUGCCACCCCAAGAAACACAACAUGCGGCUAUUGAACAUGAUUUGUUAUUCAAUGAUACUUCUUUACGGCACUUGACUCAAUGUCAACAUCUUAUCGAAUUACGUCUUUGCUUUCCAAAAAUCACGGCGAAUUCACUUUGUCAGCUGUUUCAAUCAUUACCACAAAUUGAAGUAUUUGAGCUCAGGCAAAAAAGAGAACAACAACAUGAAUCAAGCGAUUAUUUGACGGGAUUGAUGUAUUGUAGAGCACUGAAAGAGUUAUGUUUAUUUGGUGUUUUUAUUACACCACAGACGAUUGACACAAUGACACAGAAACAACAAAACCUAAGUUCUUUGACCAUUUGUAAAGGUGGAAUGUAUAUAGAGAAAAGCGUCGAAAAGAUUGUCUUCUCAUUACCUAAAUUGAAAUUGUUUUGCUUGGGACAAAUUGGAGAACCAAUUGAAUGGAAACAAGAUAUCAUUAAAGAUCAACAGAACUUAACAUUUUAUAAGCAUCAUCAACAAUGGCAUUGUAUUCAACUUAAUUCUAUUUAA